AUGGAAGUUGGCGAGGAACUCAAAUCCUUCAUCAACAUAUGGAUUAUCGCCAUCUCUUCCAUCUGCUACUGCUACUUGAUUCCAGCUCGGAUCUCCCCUGGCGUCCCGCGGCUACUCUCUCUUCUCCCCGUUAUCACCGCCUUUUUCAUCAUCCCACUACCAAUCUCCACCGUCCAUCUCGCCUUCCCCGCCUUCUUCUUCCUCGUAUGGCUUGGUAACUUCAAACUCCUACUCUUCGCCUUCAACCGCAGCCCUUUAUCUUCCACACCGCCGCUACCACUCCUCACUUUCAUCUCCCUUGCCCUCCUUCCUAUCAAUAUUCCUAAACAACCUAUUAAGAAGAUCACAAAACCGCUUCCAUUUUCACUGCCUAAGCCGAUUAGGUUAGCGAUUAAAGCUAUGAUUCUCAUUGUGAUUGUACAUGCUUAUCAGUACAAAGAUAACCUCCACUGGACUGUGGUUAGGGUUCUCUACAUUUCGCAUAUGCACAAUGCUUUUGAGUUGGGUUUCGCCCUGUCCGCUUUUGCGGUUAAGGUAUUUCUAGGAUUCGAUUUUCAGAUCGAACCGCAGCUCAAUGAACCUUGCCUGGCUACAUCGCUUCAGGAUUUCUGGGGCCGCCGGUGGAACAAUGUGUCGUCGAGCAUCCUCCGCGACACUGUGUACAAUCCGGUUCGCAUGAUGUGGACGCCAACUCUCGGUAGGCUCCGAGGGCAGAUGCUGGCGACUUUUGUGACAUUUGUGGUGUCCGGGCUCAUGCAUGAGUUGAUGUUUUAUUAUGUGAUGCGUGUUCGGCCCACGUGGGAGGUCACGUGGUUUUUUGUACUGCAUGGGUUGUGUACGGCUACUGAGAUGGCUGUUAAGGAAGCGGUUAAAGGCAGGUUCCAGUUACAUAGGAUGGUGUCGGGGCUGCUUACGUUGGUGUUUGUGUUUGUGACUGCUGGUUGGUUGUUCUUGGCGCAACCGUUAAGGAACGGUAUGGAUAUCAAGGUCAUAAACGAAUCUUCAAUUCUAUUGAAAAUAUUUAAGGCAAAUUAA